CCAUAGUAAAGGGCUCCGCCGCUCGUCGACGUCACAGCGUCUGACGCAUCGAAUGACGUGGGGACAUAACAGGAAGUGAUACGGGUGGCUAACUGGCUAGCUCUAGGCCAUUGAGCCGAAAUGAAUCCGCACGUAAAUGACACUGUUGUGUAUUUUCGCAGGUCGCAACAAGAUUGACGUUUUGUCCAGGCUAAGCACUGGCGAGGUGCACAUCCACACAAGGGAUUUGCAAUGGGCCAACGAAGGAGAGUGGCGGCUGUGAAUAAUCCUUCGUAUCAGGGAGUCUCUGGAUUUCCAGCAGAGCCUGUCAGAAGGAAGCACAGCAUCUGCAUGGUGUCCGACUUCUUCUAUCCAAAUAUGGGAGGAGUGGAAAGUCACAUUUACCAGCUUUCCCAGUGUCUGAUUGAAAAGGGACACAAGGUGGUAAUCGUCACCCAUGCCUAUGGCCGGAGGAAGGGUGUCAGGUACCUGACCAAUGGACUCAAAGUCUACUACCUCCCCCUGCAGGUGAUGUACAACCAGUCCACAGCCACCACCUGCUUCCACAGUCUCCCACUGCUGCGCUGUGUGUUUGUCAGAGAACGCAUCACUAUGGUGCAUGCACACAGUUCGUUCUCCGCUCUGGGCCAUGAUGCACUGUUCCACGCCAAGACCAUGGGCCUUAACACGGUGUUCACUGACCACUCGCUCUUCGGCUUUGCUGACAUCAGCUCUGUGCUGACCAACAAGCUUCUAACGGUGACGCUGUGUGAUACCAACCACAUUGUGUGUGUUUCGUACACCAGCAAGGAGAACACUGUGCUCCGAGCAGCACUCAACCCAGAGAUAGUGUCUGUUAUUCCCAAUGCUGUUGACCCGACAGAUUUCACCCCUGACCCCUCCCAGCGCCAAGACGACAGGAUCACCAUUGUAGUCGUCAGCCGUCUAGUCUACCGCAAAGGAAUUGAUCUUCUUGGUGGAAUAAUCCCAGAGCUCUGCUUCAAACAUCCAGAUCUGCACUUCCUUAUUGGUGGAGAGGGACCGAAGAGAAUUGUGUUGGAGGAAGUGAGAGAGAAAUACCAACUACAUGACAGGGUGCGUCUGCUGGGGGCUUUGGAGCAUAAAGAUGUUUGUGGCGUUCUGGUGCAGGGUCACAUCUUCCUCAACACAUCACUGACCGAAGCGUUCUGCAUGGCCAUUGUAGAGGGAGCCAGCUGUGGACUUCAGGUGGUAAGCACACGUGUCGGGGGCAUUCCCGAGGUGUUACCUGAGGAUAUGAUAACCCUGUGUGAGCCCACCGUUCGGUCGUUGUGUGCUGGUCUAGAAACGGUCAUCGCCCGUCAGCGAUCGGGCUCUGUCCCCUCCCCCGCCUCCAUCCAUGCACGUGUGCAAAACCUCUACACUUGGAGGAAUGUUGCCGAGAGGACUGAGAACGUGUACGAGAGAGUGGCCGGAGAGGAGGUGCUUCCUUUGGACAGACGGUUACGGAGGCUGAGGGCUCACUGCGGCCCCGUCGCCGGCUCCAUCUUUGCAUUCGUCGCCGUGUUAGACUUCCUCUUCCUGCUGCUCCUGCAGUGGUUGGUGCCGGAUCGGGUCAUGGACGUCGCCGUGGACGCCACCGGCCCUCGCGGACUGUGGAGGCAGGAAACGAGCAGUAAAAACAAAGCUCAUUCUAAAAAAGCCAUGAAGUUUGAAGCAGAACUUGACCACUCUAUACCUCUGCCUCAAUCCCAGCUGCUCAAAUGAUGUUAUAAGUCGGCUUUGUGUUGCAGACUGACAUUUUAAACUUGGCCACUAAAUGCUGAAUGUCCUCAUGAUAAACCCAAACGUUGUUUACAUUUACCUAUCAAAGGGACCUUGUGUGAAAGCAUUGUGUCUGAGACUUUAUUUUUGUAUUUAAUAAUUCAAAUGGAAAUCUGUGGGCGUCCUUGAGACUUAAAUAAGCACUGAUUUUCACAUUAUAAAUAGCACUGACCAGAGUGAGUAAAAGGGCUGAUUCAUUGUAUCAGUUGCAUCGCACAAAACUGCAGUAAUCUAUUUCCGGUUUUGUUAUUGUGUUUAGUGCAACAUUUUUUUGUCUUUUUUUGAUACCACAAAUUCCACUCUUUCGUUUAAGUAACCGCUAAUUAAAAAUUCACUGGGUAUGAAACCUGGGAGUUUUUAAGAUUAUCAUCUAAAUCCCACAAUGUCCACUCCAAAAGAAUAAAGUGUUCUUUAACAUGUU